GAUUAAUUGUCAUGCCUUGUUUCGUUUUGGUAAUAUUUUGAAAACUAAAUUUUUUGUUAAUUAAUCUAACAUACCUAAUUAUGUAAAUUUACUUGUUUGCUUAAAAAAAAUAGUACAAUGGCUGUCGCGGAUGCAAUGUUCAUAUUCGAAGUGGUGGUAGAGCACGUCAGGAGUUUGGUCGAUAGUAGAUUGCUUGUAAUUCGCAGUGAUUUCGCCGACAUAUUUUCUCUUGAACUAAAAGAUCCAAAGCAAAUGCACAUAGUGAUGCCGGAGCCUCUUCCCUUGCCACCAGAACCACCUGGAAAGAAAAAAAAGAAAAAACCUCCUAAACCUAAGAAACCCAAAAAAGGAGCAUUACCCCCACCUCCUCCACCAGAGCCAGUGAUACAAUCGGGACAAUCCGUGCUAUUCACAAGCAGCGCUGAGUUUUUAAUCAAAUUAAUGCUAAAGUGUCCCUUGCAAGUCACACUAUGGAGCAAAGAGGAUAAUCUUGUGUUCAUUGGGGCUAGCGUUAUUCCUUGGGAUCCAAUGUUUUCAACCUACCUUCAGCAAAUCCUUAAUUGCCAAACGCCAAAACCUGUUACUCUGAAUGAUGAAUUUAAUGUCUUUGAAGAAAACACCGCGAAGCUAAUGGCAAAAAUUGGCCUCCAAAUAAAAUUGACUUAUUUAGGAGACAAAGUCACUACAGCAUUCCGCACUUUAUCCGAAGAUCCUUCGGUAAAAAAGGUUCUGUAUACUGGUCUCAAUUCCAAAACAACAUCAUACAUAUGCACAUUGAAGACAUCUGAUGAAAUAUUUGAAGAGAAUUGCAAUAAGUUAGAAAACAGUUUCAUAAAGGAUAGACCGAAACAGCUUUUGUUUGCUGAUUACACUAACGCACCAGGAGCAAAUCUCGUAGAAUUCAGUGACGGCGAUUACUGCUGCAUGAACAACGCCGACAAACCUCCAGAAUCUAAAUAUACAGGACCAAACACUAUGCCGACAAUAGAUUUCAUUAUUGAUUAUGUACGAAAGAUAAUAGCGUCCUGUAAUGACAACAUGAGGAUGCUUACGCCCCGCCCGACUAUAACUCCGAAAAUCAGAGCCACAGACAUUGACAGACUUUGUUAUUGCCAGCAAUCGCAGUGGCCAGAAAGUGCAUUAGCUGAGAAGUACAAAACAGAAGUCCAGAGCGGACCGUGUGCUGUCUGCGCUGAGCCCGGCAAGGCAGGAGUCGCAGGAGGUGCAGGUGCCGAAGGGCCUGGAGCCAUCUUCGACAUAGCGAACUUACGAGGCCCUUGUGGAAAACCAGACUGCAAAAUAGCAAGACAUAUAAGGAAGUACAUCGAAAAUUUGAUGGAAGAAGACAAAGUUGAGGUUGAUAUUAAUGAGAUUAUUGGUCCGUGUGGUAGUAAGCUUUGUACUUUGGCUGAAAAAAUUCAAGAAUUCCUUAGGCAUGAAGGACUGUUCACUGAGGGCGCUACAGAAGAGGGUCUCUCUACGCAAUGCGCGUGUAUCCAAAAAAUGCAAGAUGCCCUGGUUGAAAGAAAAUCUUGUCAAAGUAUAUGUAGCAAAAAUUGCGAAGAGGGUGAUGAUGAUGAUCCUGAGGAAACCUGUGCAGGAAAAGGUUGCCCAUUUUCUGGACAAUCACAGCGGGUAUACAACGUGUAUUAUUUCACAGUAGAACUUGAUCAGACAAGUAAAUCUACUUCCGGCAAAACCACACCGGUAACCGACCAAACAAGAUCUGACGAAGACAAAUUCAAAUACUGUGCAGAAGACUGCCCCACUAUGAAAGCUGAGACAGAAAUAACUUUGUGCACAAAAGGAGUGUGCCCUUCAGCUAAUAGAGAAGAUAAGCCGUGUCCUGAGCAUCCGUGUCCCAUGAAGGGGGAAUACCCUCCCAGCCCAGCAGACAGCAACGUUGAAAUAGACCUCAACGCUAUACACAAUCCAUGCUGCUCCACAACUUGCGACGUAGCCGAAACAGUAAAAGACUUCGUAGUCGACGGCUUUAACCAGAAAAAAAAGAUAAUUGAGAACGAUAACGAGUGCUACUGCGACUGUGUAUGUGAUUUUAAUUUCACGAAAAACACAACUUACUGCGCUGUUUGCGGCGGUUACGAAUGCCUAGGAACUGAUAUGGAAAACCAACCGGCCUUUAUAAAACCUCUACCAUGUCCGGUCUAUCAUAAACUCUACGACAAGAAAUAUAUAAAAACGGAGAGUCCAUGGCCUGACGUAGAUCAAAUUGAAACGCAUGACAAGAUUAGUAUAAAGACUACUAAAUCGCAAAGAUUGACCAAUGCUCUGGCUAAAAAAGAUUCAUCUUUUGAAGUUGAAGGCGGAGAAAAGGAAAAAAAGAAACCAGACAAGUCUGUUAAUAAAAAGAAGGCACAUAAAAGCAAUAUUGGUGUUGUGAAAAAAGUGGGGAAGGCUGUCGAACAGAGGCCAUCGAAGUAUCCUUAUCCCCCAGUUCCGGCUAAUAUGGGUUGGAAUUGGACAGCUGAAGACAUUCCCGGAUUAAAGGUAGCACAAGGGUGGAAGCCGGGCGCCGUGUCUAAAUAUAUCCUAAGAAAACUGAAGCGCGCUACGCUACGCUCCGCAGCCGUGGCCGACAGUGCACCAGUGAAAAAAUCCAAAAUGAAAUGCGGGGAUAAACCCACUAUCGUCAUAAAAAAGAAGGAUGGAGAGUAUUCAGUCGAAAUGCAAGUGACAUCAGAGAACGAACAGAAUUGCGUCGUAUACGAUCCACUUGUAUAUAAGAUUGCAUCUGCAAGCAACGAGGAAAGGGUCAGAAGGAGAGAGAGAAAAGCGAGAAGAUUAAUCAAGAAUAUGGUAAAGGAAUUCGACGAUCCCUUUCACCCAGACGUUUGUCAGCAGACGUGCGUUCGAGGUUAUAAAGAGAUUAUUGGUGUUUUUGAUUCUGAAUGUCAAGGCGAUGUUGGCUCCGUGACUGAAAGCUGUUCUUGUGAAGAUGAGCAGGAUCAGGAGCAGGAUUCUGACGGCAGUUCCCUGGAUCUCGACUGGGAGAUACAAUUCUCGCCGCCGAAUGCUCGGGUCAAGAGCUAAUGGUAAUGACAAAUGGGAGAGGCGUUUGGACGGUUGAAUAAAUUUAAUAAAUUCGAA